AAGAAGAUUGUAUAUUAAUAUAUAUCUUAUACACGUACGCACUCUGAUAUAGUUGUCGACAUGAAAUUGUGUAUGGUGGAUAUUUCAAAAAGAUAACAAAUGUGUCUUUACGUAUUUGAUGAUAUUGUACACAUGUACACUCAGACACAUCGUGUAAGGUGGACAUAUUUAAAAAAAAUACCAGAAUGACUCAUCAAGAAGAAGAUUGUACACUCAGAUAUAUCUUGUACACGUACACAGUCAGAUAUAGUUGUCCACAUGAAAGUAUGUAAGGUGGAUAUUUCAAAAAGAUAAGAAAUAUGGCUUUACAAAUGUAUAAAACAUUUUAAAUGAUUACAUUUUGAAAUAUUAUAAGUAGCUCAACAAUGAACAUAGUUCUUAAUUCUUUUGGCUAAAGACUACACUCCACUAUUUUGAUUCUUUAAUUUUUUUGUAAAUAGUUCUUACAUGAUUAAUAAAUUUUAAAUUUCAUUAAAAAAGAAAAGAAAUCUAUAUUAUAAUAGUUAAGUUUUUGCUCACUCCUCAGCGUGCCAUGUCAGCGUUUUGUGGGUCUCACUUUUAAAAAGUGUGAAAAAGUGUCAAGCUCAUGGCUUGAACCCAGCUUAUUGAGUAUAAACACCAACAUUUAUACCACUAAGUUAAAUGAUACUUUGUACAUUGAUGGUCGAACCUAAUACAUAUUUAUGAAGGUCAGAAGCCUUUGCUUCUUCGACUUCUCUGAGGGUCGGGCCUACAAGGGUAUUAUGGGUUUCAUUUUUAAAUGAGAUUCAUCACAUUAUAUGAAAAAAGCUCAAGUUUGCAACAAUUAUAGUUUUUCCAUAUUGUAAAUUGUUGUCGUUUAACAUGAGUCAGAGUUCUUUUCAUCAUUGUCUCAACAAGUGUGAUCUACAGAGUUGUGCCGUGUGUCUGUUCGUAAUCUAUUUUUUCACCGGUGAACUCUUCAUGUCCCCAUCUUAAAUCGCUUGAUCAUAAAUGUUCUUUAUUUGUAGCUCCUUUGUAAACCCUAUAUAUGAUUCUCAUCUUUGAUGAACCUAAUAUGCACCUCCACAAAGCUCAUUGAUUCCUCUUAGCUUUCUCUCUGACUCUCCACUUCCUCAAACCGGCGUCCCGGCGUCUGUCACUCAACCUUCGAGUCUCUCCGUCUUGGUCGUAGUAGUCAGAGCAUAGCCUCUGGCUUCCUCCACUUUUGGGAUUCCCUGAACUUCAAGAAAGACAUAGAUUUUGUGGGAAUCACGGUUCUCUUACAUGAUGAAAAGGUAACGUAAUCUUUGAUAUCUAUCACACUUAUUUAACAUAAUUGUUUUAAUUGAUUUCCUGAUUCUUUGUUGAAUAAUAUUAUUUGCAGAUUCCGUGAUUCAUGGUUUUACUCCCGUCGGGUGUGCUAAUCAUUACAUGCCAUCUUUGAAAGCAGAUUCCAUUGUGAAAGUCGAUCGUUUUGAGGUUGCUAUGUGCUCAAACAUGUACAAGAUAACUGAUCAUCCAUUCCUCAUUCGUUUCAUUUCACUAACCAUUAUUGAUGAAGUCAUCACGGGCGCUCUUGAGAUCAAUCUCCAGUAAAAAUUAGACUGUUCGAAAUCUCCAAGUGAUUGCGAACACAAACCUAGAACUCCCAAGUAUAUUAUCAUAUUGCAUUUGGGUUUAUAUUAUGUUUUGAUAUCAUAACUGAUAUUAAAUAUUGCAGAUGUGGUUGGACAAAUCCGUUAUGUCCAGGGCUCUGACCUCUCCAAAGAAACAAUUCGAGUUGUUAUCCGUCUCCUCAUUGAUUCGUAAGAAACAAUCAACACAUAAUUCUCUUGAUACUACUAUCUAUAUUGUGCUAACAUCAAUAAUCAAAAAUAUUUCAUACCCAAGAUUUGUGGUCGUUUAUUUAUCUCCCUUACUUAUCAAUCUAAUUUUACACAAAUCUUUAUUUUACAGCUUAAAAUAAACACAAUAACCCAAACAAUCAAAACACCAAAAACUAGAAUCCAAAAAAAAAACGAAUCAUUAAUGAUCACCUCUCUUUUUGUCUAAUCUUACAAAUAAACUUCAAAACAAAUAUACCAAAUCAAUCAACUCAACUAAAACUCAACGACACAUACAUUGAGCCAGCUAAACAAAUACAAAUUACAGGGCCAGCUAUUUAACAAUUUACAAACUUGCUUUCACAGAUGCUUACGAAGAAGACGAAGACGACAACCAAGAUCAGUGAAAUUACCUUAACAAAAACCAUAGUAAGUUGCAAACUCUGAUAAAUACAACUAACAAUGAUUUUUUGUUUACAUAUUACACAUCAAAUAAAAGAGAAACAAACACAGCCACACACACCAGCAGAUACAAGAGACAAUCCCAACAGAUACAAAGGCGGCAACAACAUCUCCACCUGCUCACUCCUAUUGUCUUAUGAAAAUAACUUACAUGUUCAAUGUUAACAUGCCAAUGAUAUUGUCUUCUUAUGAGAACUACAUAUAUUCGUUUUAAGUGCCAAAUACUAAUUGUCACUCAUUUUAUAAUUAUUUUUAUAAGUCUUCAUGUAUUUGUUUUAAAAGUUCGGUAAAAGCAACAAGUUUAAAAGUAUAUAUAUAUAUAUAACCAACAUAAUAAGAAUAAAAAAAUAUUACUUAAUACACACAACUUACACAACUAAACUGGAGAAAAAAAUAUUCAAAAACAAAAGGUAAUCUCAACAACCUUAAUAUAAUUUAUGUAAUCUCAACAGUACCAGUAACAAAUUAAAAAGACAAACAAACAAUAAGUCUCAGUGACAGAACAAGCAACACCACAAACUAUAUCAAUCACAUUACUAACACAAUUUAGUUCUUCAUGAGUGGAGAACUGUGUAUGAACAGUGCAUACACAGUUCAUCAUCACAACUCUAAUCCUAUAACAAUAAAAAACUUGAAAAACAGUGAUCAAUUUAAAACACAAAAUUCACACCUACAAUAACCCUAACAAAUAUUGAAAUGAAACAAGAGCUUUGUCUACAACUCCAAGCUGAGGCAAUGGCCCUAGUACCUCUAAUAUAUUGUAGAGAAAAUGGGUAAACCAUAAUUUUCGUUUAAUUAAGUUGCUGGGCCUAAUUGUAGAGGUUUUGGACAAAAGAAGCGGUGUCGGAGGGUUAGGCUUUGUCGGCAGAAUGAGUUUUUUUUUUCUUGUUUAAAAAAAAAAGAAGGAAAUUGGUGGUGGUUGCCAUAUAACAAAACAGAAAUAAAAGGAAAAAAAGGAAAAUCGAGGGGAGGGUUGGCUCUAUAAAUUAUUGAUUUGGGAGUGGAAGAACAUGAUGGCGUCGUUGGAGAUUUAUCAGAGAAUCGUCAGAGAAACCAAACGGAGAAGAAAAGGAAGAAGAGAGUGGAAGGUUGAGAUCCCCAAUGAUGUCAUGGAAGAAAUCGUGAUGAGGCUUCCGGUGAGAUCGAUUAUGAGGUUCCAAGCGGUUUCAAAGCAUUGGGAAUCGGUGAUUAAGACAAGAGAUUUUGGGGCAAGACACAUGGCUAAUCAGAGAAGCAAGGAUCCUAAACUCAUGUUUGUCGGUUAUGGUUUUUAUAAUAUCUGUUUUGAUCAAAUGGACUUGGAAACGACUUCUCUUGAAGAGAGCCUCUGUUUUGAAAUUGAAAAGAUUAAUGGUCCUAUGGAGAUCUCCGAAUGCUGCGAUGGCCUUGUCUGCUUCUACUGCUUGACUCAAGCAGUGAGAGUGAUAAAUACGGCCACAGAAACGUUGUUGCCACCACUCCCCUUAGCAAAUUUUCAGCGUCUUCAUAAAGCCUAUCCAGACCCGGAUCUGGAGCGGGAUCAGAGACUUGAAGAUGAUGGUCAGCGUCCUGUUCCAGUUCCAUUCAUAUCAUUUACUAUGUUUGGAUUUGGGAAAGACAACGCCACAGGACGAUAUAAGAUAGUGUGGCUCUAUAAUAUAUAUCCUGCUACCUUGAACAAGAAGAAGAAGACAAGAUGCGAGGUUUUCGAUUUAGAGGAAUGGAGAUGGAGAUUCGUGACUACCAGAGCUCUUGAUCAUCACCAAAUCUUGUCUAAUCAGAGGCCACCGUGUGCAAACGGAUUAUUAUACUGGCUCACGGGAGAUGAACAAGGAUACCCAUCAACACAAACCAAACUCAUAGUUUUCGAUAUUCAUACAGAGAUGUUUCAAGUCACCUCAACACCACCUUUUAUUACCCCUGAUGCCUCUAGUGACAAAAUUGGUUUAUGCAAUCUUGACGGUCGUCUGUGCAUUUCUGAACUCAAGGGCGAUUGCGAGCAAGAGUUUUGGUGGAGGGUUGAAGAAUGCGACAAGUGGGAGAGAAUCUUCUCAGUUGACUUGAAUUCUACUUCCUCUUGGUUUGGUGGUAUCACUUCACAGCCUCUCACACCUUUGGCCAUUUCCAAGGAUAACAACAAGGUCGUCCUCUCGCUUACCCAUCAAGAAAACCUUGUUGAGUUUGAUCUUGAUCCUGACUCAACUGUUUAUCAUUUGUAUUAUUCAGGUAGCUACGGCUUAGCUGUUCCUUAUUUUCCAAGUUUAUCACUCUCUUUUUCUUCUUUCUAAAACCAUUUGUUGUCUUCAGUAACAUUAAUUUGUGUUUUUAUAUUCAAAUCACUUCUUAUUUAU